UAUGCCGACAACAUUAUGCAAAAAUGGCCUAUGAUUAACAAAAAUAUCACAAUGAAGAUUAUAAGGAGUAUAACGAUUUUGUCGCUACUCGGUUUCGUAUGUGGCGCUCCUAUAUCUAUUGAUAAUGAUGAUGAAAAAAUUUUGAUUACCAAGAGCAUGUUCCCGAAAGAAUUCAUCAAAUACAAGGCCGAACAUGAAAUCGUUAAUUUACUUCUGCCCAUAAAUAGCCUUAACUUCGACGAAGACGAAUCAUCCGAGUCUAGUUCGGAAGAAACUGAGAAAGAAAUAUUAUUAUUCUUUGUAGAAGCUGAUAUUGAUUCUAAUGGUAAUCGAGUAGAUCAAGGUCUGUAUGUACUUAAAGAAGGUAAGGCAACUAAGCUUUUGGAUCAUGGUAGAGACGCGGCUGCAUCCGGCGAUGACAGCAAAUUAGUCUUCUUCGGGGCUAAAGACGGAAUUUAUGUUUACAAUAACAAAAAUAAUUCUGCUGAUAAAUACGGUACUGUCGAUGAUAGUAUUAUAGGUAUUGCCAAAGAAAAAACUGGUGAUGUAAUCUAUAUACUGACAGAGAAUCAUGAAUUGUUCAAAGUAUCAAACGCUGGAACGACAAAAGAGAAAUUAGAUGACGUGGUUAACGCAAAACAAAUUGUUCUCGAUUAUUCUGACAACAUUUACUUUUACUCGGAUGAUAAGCAAGCGUAUGUCCGCACAGCUGAUGAUAUUAAGAAAAUAGAAGGACUUCCAGAAAAUCCAAGCAGUGUAACGCUUAUCAAGCCACCUUUCAUAUUGGAAAAUGCAGUCCUUUUUAAUGUCGACAACAUCGUUUAUAUUAUCUAUGCUAAUGGUACAAGUGAACACGCUGGAUUUGAAUUUAAGCCCAAAGUUAAGCCUUCAGCAUAUGCCCCGGAAGCAGCGUUGCUCCAGUACUAUGCUUAUGACAAAAAUAUUUAUGAAUACAAUAUCUUGACAAUAAUUUUUGGUACAGUCUUAGAAGAAUUGAAAAAUUACCUGAACAAAGUCAGCGAUGACAUUCAAUCGCUUUCAACGAAAAGUAGAAAAUAUCGUGAAAGUGCUUAAAUUGUAAUCA